AUGGUCCGUCGUCAGGCCUCUUCAACAACGUCUUCGGCUGCUGUUAGCACCUCGAGUUUGGUCGCAGAUAGCUCUUGCUCAAAUGGUCCAUAUACCCGCGCUUGCUGGAAGGAUGGCUUUUCCAUUGCCACAGAUUUCGAUCAAAAGUUUCCUACUACUGGAAAGACUGUCAGCUACAAUCUUGAGAUUACCAACACGACAUGCAACCCCGAUGGAGCACACGAGCAACAGUGCCUCUUGUUCAACGGACAAUUACCCGGACCUGUUAUUCGAGCCAGCUGGGGUGAUACUCUCUCGAUCACCGUUACCAACUCCAUGCAGAACAACGGCACUUCGAUCCACUGGCACGGGAUAAGACAGUACAACACGCCUGGAAUGGAUGGAGUGAACGGUAUUUCUGAAUGUGCACUUGCACCGGGCGAAACCAAGACUUACACCUUCCAUUGUACGCAAUAUGGUUCUUCGUGGUAUCACAGCCACUAUACCAGCCAAUAUGGCAUGGGCGUGGUGGGAGCUAUCUUGAUCGACGGGCCAGCUACUGCCAACUACGAUAUCGAUCUUGGUACCUUCCCGAUGAUGGAUUGGUAUUACCAGAACGCUGACGUGGUGAAUGCUCUGGCCCUCAUAAAUGCUCAGAAGGGAAGUGGAGCACCGCCUUCAAAUACUCUUUUGCUCAACGGCACAAACGACAAUGGCCCCGGCGGCAAAUAUCAAUCAGUCGCACUCACCAAGGGCAAGAAGCACCGUCUGCGAAUCAUCAACACUUCGGUUGAUACCCACAUGAUGGUCAAGCUUGAUAACCACCCUUUCACGAUUAUUGCUGCCGAUUUCAUUCCUGUGAACCCAGAGCCUGCUCCUGAGUGGCUGUUGGUCGCUAUCGGUCAGAGGUACGAUGUGAUAAUUGAUGCAAACCAGACAUCAGGCAACUAUUGGUUCAGAGCCGAGGCUGCUAAUGAAUGUGCAAGCGCGAGCGACGGCAAUGGUCGUGCCAUUUUCAGAUACGACGCAUCUAGCACUUCCGUGCCUGAGGACAACAAUGAGACUCCUCCCCAGUCUGAGUGUAUAGAUCAGCCCACAACCCCUUACUGGAAGCAGUCCGUCGACCAAUCCACUUUUGAAGCACAAGCAAAGACUUUGAGCACUGGAUUCGGUGACGGCGUCACAGUCAAUGGGGAGAACCUGCUCCUGUGGCAUUUGAACACCACUUCCAUGUCGAUUCACUGGGAUAGACCAACGCUUGGUUAUAUCUUCAAUGGCAGCACAGCUUGGCCUCAGGAGUACGAUGUGAUUGAAAUCCCCAACGAGGGUGUGUGGACAUACUGGGUCAUUCAGCAAGUAUCUGGGUCGCCGCCCAUAACUCACCCCAUCCAUCUCCAUGGUCACGACUUCUUUGUACUCGGACACCAAUCAUCGUCCAACUUCGAUGCGUCGACCAUGAUGAAUCAGCUGAAUUUCAAGAACCCCCCUCGUAGGGAUACAGCUACCUUACCUGCUUCUGGCUGGCUCGUCGUGGCCUUCGAAGCCAAUAACCCUGGUGCUUGGCUUAUGCAUUGCCAUAUUGCCUGGCAUAUCUCUGAGGGUCUGGGAGUCCAAUUCCUCGAAGCGAAGAACCAGAUUUCAUUGCCUGACCAGGCGCAGUUCACGCAACAGUGUCAAAACUGGAAGCAGUACGCUACUCACAUGGCUUUCCCUCAGAUUGACAGUGGUCUGUAA